AUGUCCUAUCCGAUGAUCAAAAAUAUCCCUGCGAACGUGGCUGGUGGUGUCAGCCUGUCAAAAGAGAAUCCAGCUGCCGCCGAUCGGAUCAGGUCUUCCUGCCUCCGAGAGGGUCUCCUUUGGGAAUUAAAUUCUGCAUGCAUUUCCACUGUCAUGAUGGCAGUCUUUUCUAUCAAAGAAAUGUUGGAAAAUCAAUCUUAA